UUCACAAAACUCACACAACAGUAUAAAACAUCAGCCGCUCUAUCAGAGUUUCUCCACUCCCUCCCGAGCAUCUGAAGCAGAUAGACAGCUUUCACUCUUCAACGCCAAACAGAAAGACCAGAAUGUCUUCCUACUCCCAGUCCAUCAGCGGUGGCGGGGGCGGUGGCUACAUGCGCAGCAGCAGCCGAUCCAUGUACGGAGGAUCUGGAGUUUCUGGAGUCAGAAUCUCCUCCGGUGGCUCCACCAUGUCCAUGUCUGGUGGUGGCGGCGGUGGUGGAGCUGGCUAUGGCUUCAGCUCCGGUGGCGGAGCAGGAAGUGGCUUUGACUUUGGCAGCGGCGUGGACAUUUCCGCCAACGAGAAGGCCACCAUGCAGAACCUAAACGACCACCUGGCGACCUAUCUGGAGAAAGUGCACAAGCUGGAGACGGCCAACGGCGCCCUGGAGCUGAAGAUCAGACAGUUCCUGGAGAGCAAGGUCGGCCCGUCGGCCAGAGACUACAGCGCCUUUUACGUCACCAUCGCAGAGCUGCAGGGGAAGAUCCAGGACGCUACCAGGAUCAACGGUGGCCUCUACCUCUCCAUUGACAACGCCAAGCUGGCUGCCGACGACUUCAGGAUGAAGUUUGAGAACGAGUUGGCUAUGCGUCAGUCGGUGGAGGCCGACAUCGCCGGGCUGAGGAGAGUCCUGGAUGAGCUGACUCUGAGCCGGACCAACCUGGAGAUGCAGAUCGAGGGUCUGAAGGAGGAAGUCAUCUUCCUCAAGAAGAACCACGAGGAGCUGCUGGCGAUGCGAACGCAGAUGAGCAGCCAGGUGGAGGUGGACGCCGCUCCGGCCGUGGACCUCCAGAAGGUCAUCGAAGAGGUCAGGGAGCACUACGAAACCGUCACCAACAAGGGCCGCAAAGAACUGGAGACCUGGUUCCAUUCCAAGUCAAAAUCGCUGAACAAAGAAGUUGCCGUCAGCACAAAAACUCUCCACUCGUCCAAAUCAGAGAUCACGAAGCUCAAGAGAACGCUGCAGGGCCUGGAGAUCGAGCUACAGUCGCAGCGCAGCAUGAAAGGGUUGUUGGGGUCGAUUCUGGCCGAGACACAGAGCCGCUACGCCAUGCAGCUCAACGGCUACCAGAGGCAGGUGAGGGGUCUGGAGCAGCAGCUGGUGUCGCUGCAGACCGACCUGGAGAGACAGGGACAGGAGUACCAGAUGCUGCUGGACAUCAAGACCAGACUGGAGAUGGAGAUCGCCGAGUACAGGAGGCUGCUGUAUGGAGAUGGCAGUGGCAGCAGAUUCCUGUGAACUGGAAGUGGACACAAACACAGUAAACGAAAAACUCAAACUGUCUGAUAACAACAAGAAGGUGACAUGGGUGGGAGAGGAUCAGCCCACAUCCUGAUCAUCCAGACAGAUUUGAAUCCUGGUAUCAGCUGAUGUGUAGAAAUGGUCUGACUGGUCGCUGUUACUGGGAGGUCGAGGGGAGAGGAGAUGUUUAUAUAUCAGUGAGUUACAGAGAAUCAGGAGAAAAGGAUACAGUGAAGACUGUGUGUUUGGAUGGAAUGAUCAGUCCUGGAGUCUGAUCUGCUCUGAUGAUGAUGGUUACUGUGUCAGGCGCAAUAAGAUAAAAACUGUCCUCAUUCCUCCCCUGUCUCUAACAGAGUAGCAGUGUAUUUGGACUGUGGCACUCUGUCCUUCUACACAGUCUCCUCUGACUCACUGAUCCACCUCCACACCUUCAACACCACAUUCACUGAACCUCUUUAUCCUGGGUUAAGGGUCUGGUCAGCUGGUUCCUCAGUUUCUCUGUGUCCUCUGUAGGAGGAGACAGCUUCCUGUCCUGUGUCCUGCUUCACUUUGGUUCAUAUUAGUCUCACUGAUUGUGACUUUAAUGUAAGAAAUGUUCUUCUUCUUCUUUAGUAAUGUUGAAAUGAUCU